UCUACAGUAGAGGACUCGCCUUUUUCAACGAACUGAUUGGCUGGAGCGACCUGUCAAUCUACAGUGUCCUUCUCGCCAGCACUAGCAAACUCGGUUGCGAUCUGAAGUUUCUAAAAUGAUACUUUGUGAUAUUUUUGUCAGCACGAUGUAGCUGUUUCUCCCUAGAAAGAAACUGGUCUAGUUGCAGUGAUGAGGCGAGGAGAUCCUCUCCCUCGAGCCUUUCAGGCUCCAGUGGAUGUACAUGCCAGUGCGGACGGCCAAGUGUACAUGUUCAGACACAGACAAGAAGAACCAGAAGUGUCAUCUGAGGAUGAAGAACUCAAUGUCAUGGAGCUCCGGCCUCGGAGCAGAGAGUCAUCUUCACGUGAAAGAGAAAGACUGGGAGAAACGCUGUUGUUGGAACGGGACAUCUCACAUGAGGACAACCUCAACAAAUUGGCCCUUCAAUACGGAUGCAAGGUGGCUGACAUAAAAAGGGUGAACAACUUAUUUCAAGAGCAGGACAUGUAUGCACUGAAGUCCAUCAAAAUCCCUGUAAUGAAGCAUGGCUUGCUAACCGAGGCCAACUCAGAGCUCAGGAACCCCCAGCAAAGACCCCCCAAUGAUGUAGAAUCAUCAAACAGUGCUGAAGCAAACGUUUCGGGAAGACCUCAGGUGCAGGAGUACACCAAUUACCUAAAAGAGGUAGAUAGUGACAUUGAGCGUCUAAUCCAAAGCACAGACCCCACAGAAGAAGUAUUUUCUGGCGGUUCCAGGGCAUCCAAACGAUGGGGGUGGAGAAGCCAGCGUUUGCGCAGCUACGGUGCAGACUGGGGGAUCCAGUGGUGGAAUGCUGUAAUUGCCAUGUUACUCAUUGGCAUUGUCCUGCCAAUAUUCUACGUGGUAUAUUUUAAAACUCAAGAUAAUGGUGAAUCAGUAGUGCACAAUAGACUUGGCAACAGCUCAGUGACUACCUCAAACAGUACGGGGUGAGCGUCAGCUCAUUGAACCCUGGGAAUAUAAGAAAGUAAGUAUAACAUGAAAAUUUGGUUUGGUAAUUUGCAGAUAAACCUAGUAUUAUGAGUUCACAUUAUUGUGGUACAUUCAUUUAAGUGAACAGAUCACCCAAAAUCCCAAUUUAUUUUGCAUGAAAAAAUUUUUAUUCCACAGAAUAUGGAGAGACAUGAGGGUGGGUAAAUAAUGACAGAGGUUUUUGGGUAAACUAUCACUUUAAUUACAUUUGUUUAGUGAAGGUACAUAAAGAGACAAUUUAACAAAUGAGAUUAUGAGUUUGCAUUACAAACAGAGUGCGUUUGCAUACACUCCACACUCAAAUUGUUGUUAUUGGUUUCAUGGGUGCUAUUAUUUAACUGAAUUAUGAAAUGGUUAUAACAUUUUAUCUUUAUGGAGAAAGAAACAAAACAAAAAACCUUCAAAAGUCAAUAUGAAACAGCUUUUCUCAUCAAAUUCAUCGUAUUUGUUGUGGUCCUGUCUUUGUAUAUCAGUGAUUGAUCAAAUGAAAACAAUUAGAGAAAAAUGCAAAGAAGGAAAGGCAAAAAAGGUACUUUAUAAAAUUUGGUUUGAUGUUUUGCAACUUUAUAUCUAUUUGUCUGAUUAGUAUUUUGUUAGAACACUACUGCCAAAUAGUGUGGAAAGGCACUAUAGUGCCCGCAGUGCCAAAGAAGGGACGUGUAUUAAAUAACUGUUUGUUCAGUCAUUAAAAGUGCAAUAAAAACAUAUUUAACAGGAAGGGCUAAACUCAUGUGCAAAGGGACACACUCUGACCUUUGGAUUGUGAUAUUAAAACAUAUCUUUUA